ACUUGGUAGCACAGAGUAAGAGAAGAGAUAUUUGAGCUUGAAAGUAGAAUCACGGUCGAGUCUAGAAUAUGGCUGUGCUCAUAAAUUGAGUAACAUGUUGUACUGAAUUGUAAUAAAUAUAAUAUUGUCCAUAUUUGUUCAUACCACUAACAAUUUAAACUCUGGUAUAACGUGAUGGUACAGCAGUUUGUUCUGUGGUAAUAACGGUACUCGAUGAGAAAUUUGGUGAGCAAUCGAUGAUUGAUCAAUCGAGCCAGUGAAAUAUCUUGCGAAUCCUGAUAGUUGAUCGAACUAUUCUACCUGCAAUUGAGAUUGAAACAGGAAGGGGCGUGUCGUUGACUCGCUUAGUCGGGAAAUGACUAUAUCUUACGCUAGUGAAGUCCCAAAUGGAUCCAGCUUUGGCUGUUUCUGGAGAAUCCUCAUCAAGUGGCGAGGAUCGGUAUACAAGCUCAUAUGGAGAGAAUUACUAGCUUACCUCUUCGUAUAUUAUAUGAUAAAUAUAACUUAUAGAUAUGCACUUAACGAUCAGCAACAGAGGAUAUUUGAAAAAAUACGUUUUUAUUUUGGAAAUUCGAGUGAGUCGAUACCGAUGUCAUUCGUUCUGGGAUUUUACGUAAGUCUGGUCGUAAAAAGAUGGUGGGAACAGUAUAAACUACUUCCUUGGCCCGACAACUUGGCCCUAUUUAUCAGCGCAGCGAUACCAGGAAUUGAUGAACGAGGACGAUUGAUGAGACGCAAUAUCGUCAGGUACGCUGUAUUAGCGUAUGUAAUUACAUUGCAAAGAAUUUCGUUGAGGGUGAAAAGGCGUUUUCCAACGCUUCAGCAUAUCGUAGAUGUAGGGUUAAUGAUGGAAUCGGAGAAGAAAAUUUUUGAAAUGAUGAAUAAGAAAGCAGCAAUGUCGAAGUACUGGAUGCCACUGGUGUGGGCAACGAAUAUAAUUAAUCGAGCAAGAAAGGAAAAGCUCAUUGAAAGUGAUCAUGUAGUUCAAACACUUUUGGUGGAGUUGAGCGACAUUAGAAAGCGAUUAGGUGCUUUAAUUGGAUAUGAUACGGUGUGUGUUCCACUCGUUUAUACGCAGGUAGUCACCUUAUCCCUGUACGCGUAUUUCUUUUCAGCUUUAUUGGGUCGCCAGUUUGUGGAACGUUCGCCCAACGGGGCUGGUUCCCCUGGAAAAUAUGAAGACCCAGACAUGUAUUUUCCGGUCUUCACGACUCUUCAGUUUUGUUUUUACGUCGGUUGGUUGAAAGUCGCCGAGGUCUUGAUAAAUCCCUUCGGCGAAGACGACGACGAUAUCGAAUUGAACUGGCUAAUCGAUCGACACAUAAAGGCUGCCUAUAUGAUAGUCGAUGAAAUGCACGAGGAGCAUCCCGAAUUGCUGAAGGAUCAAUACUGGGAUGAGGUGGUGCCGAAGGAUUUGCCGUAUACAGUAGCUAGUGAGCAGUACCGUCGAGAAGAGCCAAAAGGUUCAGCUGAGCACUACAAAGUCAAGGAGAGCGACGCUCUCUACGCCAAUGUCAUGCUAGGAACUCAAAUACACAGUGGGAAUCAGCAUAGAAAGCUCCACCAGGACGACAUGUAUGCAGACUACGAGAGUGUGGAUACACCAUUAGUCGAGAGACGAAAGAAUUGGCUUCAGCGCCAAAUAACCCGAAUGGGCUCUGUCAGGAGCUCCUCAACGACCUACAGUAGCAGUGGAUUUUUCUCACGAAAUCGUCACAACAGUGUCUACAGUAGUCCAGAGAGUGGAGGACUACCCCAGACGAAUCCCCAUCCCAACGUCAAGAUGUCUCUCUACGAUCGUCUCGUAGGAAGAAAGAGCAUCCGUAGUCAGCGUUUGGGGCGUCAAGGUACAAUGACAAAAUUACACUCAGUUCCCAUAUCAUUAAAAAAUCGUCCGAGAAUACCAACACCAGAUGUUACGAAAGAAGUUGUCGAUCGUGAGCAAAGACUUGCCUUAUCAGUGAGCAAUGCUGCAGCUAUUGGUGCAGGUGUAGUGGGAGUUAUACCCACAGCUAAUGGCUCUUACGCAGCAGAUUUGCCAGUGGUGCAAGUUGUUUUAUCACCGAUUCAAGAAACCGAAUCUACUCCAUCGGCCAUCAGAGGAGGAACAGCUGCACUUGCCCAAGCUGUUCUUCCUCCAACACUGACAAGUGCAGGUCUUGUAGCACCAGUUACUCUCACUCCAGUGACAAUGAGCCAACUCACUGAAUUGGGCCUUGUCACCACAACUUCGGCUCCAAUGCCACAAUCCAAUGGAAAUUGCCACAUCACCGAGGUGAAUAGCAGCGAGGAAGAAGCAUCUACUGCUAGUGAGCAUAGUCAUUCCAGGAAUGAAAGUUUAAAGACAGAUCACGAGGAAGGACAACGCCAGAAUUCACUUGGCAGUCAGGCUCAUUCACCGACUACGGAAAAUCCUCCCGGAUAUGCUGUAUUGACGACCGACGUUGUAACAAAUCAACACAAUGAUGUUAAGGGCAGACGAUCGAGCUCUUUACCUGGUAGCACUCCCACAAUGCCACUCAGGGAGGACAGGAGCUACUCAUUGCCUCAUGAGACUCAAACUAUUUCCGCUACAAACAGACAUAUUAAUUCAUUGGUGACAGCAGCACCAGGAGUUGUCAAUCUUCAAGGAAGACAAAGGACAAGCAGUGUCGGGGGCGAUCUGCCUCGACCAAGACUCCAGGAAUCUCAACGGAGAAUUAGUACGCCUGCUAGUACAAAUUCGUCAAUGUUAACAGGAAGCACAUCGACUGGACCGUCGAGUGGAGUUAAACGAGGGGAAGUCUACGUCUGACACGAUUUUUAAGGUUUUCAUCCUGUGAAUACUGUCAUUCCAUUAAUUUUUUUUUUAAUAAUAAUUGAUCAUUGUUUCGAUCAAUUUGGCCUAGAGGCUGAAGCCUCUAGGAGAAAUUGGGUCUUGAAACUGCUGAGAAUACUAAUAACGGUUAGCAAUGAUGAAGAUAUCGUUCACGGCCGUUUUUUCACUUCGUUAAUUUGGGCAUUAGUGUUCGCGGCUGUAUGUAUUGUAAGGGAAAAAUAGAGCGACUCAGAAGAACACUAUUGUUUGAUGAAGUGGAAUACUAGAGCGGGAGACUCAAGUUUACGAUUAAAUUAAUCUAUUAAGGACUCGACCUUAGAGAUAUUUUUCAUGGUGACUAACGUUAACUAGUAUUUCAUUUAUGUAAAUAUUGUUUUGUUGAUAUUCUCUCCUCUAGGUACCCUCAAAAAUCUGUCUCUUCCACAGCGCCAAUGUAGUGAAAUUAAGGAAGAUUAAUAACUACUCAUUAGGCAGUAAUGGAAAAUCAAAAAUUCAAUUUGUGAUAUGACUGAUUGUUGAGGAUUUUCUCAAUGUAAAUUUUAUAUAUUCUAUCGUACGACUAAGAUCUGAUCGCCGGCUAAAUUGAUUAUUUUUUCUAUAAUUAAUUUUCAUAUAUAUAAACUAUAUAUACAAUGAUGCUGACAAUAGCAAUGCGUCGUAAAAAAAUGACGCAUUUGUUAAUUUUUUUUUGUCUCAGGACAAAUUGUUUUUUAACAAAAAAAUGGGUGCUUUGUACUUCCAGAAGUAAAUGGCCAAUGUGACUACUGAAUCGAUAGCCUAUUUUUACAUGUUAUCAUUGUAUUUAUUACAAUUAGAGAACGAAUAUUAUUAAUAUGUAGCUGAAAAUAAUGGAACGGAUCUACUUCUUAUACAUAUGAUGAUGAUUGUAUUGGGAUGAGUAAGCUUUUUACAUUAUCAAUGUUCCUGGACCAUUGCUCAAUAAUGCCUCAAUUGAAGAGGUCGAGUUUGUUAGGAUAAUUUGUGAUGGGGGCUUGGUGCAAUUAUUCUGUUACAUAAAAAAAAUCUUCCCUCUCAAGAAACGUCUUCACGAUCAAUCACGAUCAAUCGAAGUGUUCGUAUUUUGAUUUGAUUAUCUAUGAAAGUUCAGUAUUUGUGUAUAAUAGCCAAUAAAAUGAGUUGUUUUGAAAUAAACAA